GGUAGGCCUGAUAUUCGGGCCAAUGCCCAUCAAUGGAGCGAAGCACCCAGCGAAUGUCCUGGAUCUCUCACACGCGUGCCAAUACGCUCGCGUGCCGGCUUCGCACGCCCUCCAUCGCAUCCAUUCCGUAUUCAAUUCUCGUGCAAAUCGCUCUUGCUUUUCUCGUUUCGCAGAGGGAAGAAAAAGGAAGAAGAAGAAAAGGGUAGAAAUCGAACAGACUUGGUAUCUCUUCUCUCGGGCUUUUGAAAGGGAAAAGAAGAUAAAAACCCUAAUUCUCUUAUAUUUCUCAUCUUUCUCUUCGAUUUCUCGUUUAAAUGGACUGAAGAUGGAGGCAUCCGUUCAUCUGGCCCACCCCUCCAACUUCUCUCCCUCUCUCCAACGCUUUCUCGCCGAGAAAUUCCAGCGGAAGGAAGAUCUCUUCAAAGCUCCGGAUCUCGCUUCCGAUCUCCAGAAGCAGUGCACGGACCUAGGUCAAAACCUUGCAGAUCUGAGCCACAGGCUCUUGGCGAGCAUUGCCGCCUACGAUUCGCAUUCGGAUGCCGUUCAAGGCGUCUUCAACGAAAUCAGGGCUAAAUUGAACGAUCUCGGGUCAUCAACGUCCGUCUCCGCAACAUUUCAAGAUGGGAGAGAAGGUGAGAGUCUGGGGAUAACUGAACAGAUUUUAGCGGAAGAGCUGCCUGCACUUGCCAAAGAAGUGGCGAGGGUGGAGACUGUUUGUGCAUAUGCAGAGACUGCAUUGAAGCUUGAUACUCUGAUUGGUGAUGUUGAAGAUGCAGUCUCCUCUUCAAUGACUGGAAAUCUAAGAAAGAUUGCCCCUAAGACCAGUUCAGAAGAAACACGACUGCUUGCAAUUAAGUAUCUCAAACAAACAGAGGAUGUUUUAACUGCUGUCACGAAAUCCCGCCCUCAGUGGAUACGUCUCAUUGCUGCCGUUGAUCAUAGAGUCGAUCGAGCUUUAGCUGUUUUAAGACCCCAGGCAAUUGCAGAUCAUCGCGCCCUUCUUAAUUCCCUUGGAUGGCCGCCACCCUUUUCCACUUCAAACAUCAUAAACACAAAUGCAGGGAAGUCAUCUGAGCUCUUGAAUCCUCUUUUCAUGAUGCAAGGAGACCUCAAAAGCAAUUACUGUGAAAAUUUUCUUGCCCUGUGCAAUCUGCAGGAGCUGCAGAGGAGGAGAAAAUCCCGGCAACUUGAGGGAUAUAACCGAGAAGUUGCUUUGCACCAACCCCUUUGGGCAAUUGAGGAGCUAGUGAACCCGAUCUCAUUGGCAUCGCAACGGCAUUUCUCAAAAUGGAUUGAGAAGCCGGAAUUCAUUUUUGCUCUUGUUUAUAAAAUCACCCGGGAUUUUGUAGACUCCAUGGAUGAGGUUCUGCAACCAUUGGUAGAUAAGGCGAGGCUUGUGGGUUAUAGUUGCAGAGAAGAGUGGAUCUCGGCAAUGGUGACAUCACUGUCAACAUACUUGGCAAAAGAGAUCUUCCCUGUUUAUGUACGCCAACUAGAAGAGGACAGUGUCGCUGGUGUUUCAUCUCAGGCUCGAAUAUCAUGGCUUAAUCUUAUCGACUUGAUGAUUACCUUUGAUAAGAGAAUUCAAUCUCUGAUUGCGAAUUCAGGGAUCUUGAUUUCCAUAAGGGAAGAUGAGAGCUUGCAGAGGAUCUCUUCUCUGUCCGUCUUCUGUGAUCGCCCUGAUUGGCUUGAGAUAUGGACAGAGAUCGAGCUCAGUGAUGUGCUCAAUAAGUUGAAAACAGAAAUGGAGGAUGAGAAGUGUUGGAACACAAGAAAGGAGGGUGCUACAGGAUUUCUGUCGGCAUCUGAAGACUACAAAUCUCCAGUGAUUUCAGGUGCUGUCCUCUGGCGUCUAUCAAUGGUGAUUGACCGUUGCCGGCCAUUACCUAGCAUUCCAUUGAGAGCAAGGUUUAUCAGAUUGGCAGCAGCACCCGUUGUUCAAGAAUUUCUCGAUUGCUUGCUUCGCAGAUGCCAAGAAGCCGAAGGGCUGACUGCUUUAGCUGAUGAUAAUGCUUUAAUCAAGGUCUCUUACUCCAUUAACGCAGUUCGAUAUUGUGAAUCUGUCUUGAAAGAAUGGUGUGAGGAUGUUUUCUUCCUUGAGAUGGCUUCUGAUGAGGCGAGCGAAUUGAGUAUGGGAUCUGAUGAGGGCAUGGCAAAAGGUCCAGGGAGUUGUAUAUUUGAGGAGGAAAUAGAGAGGCUGAAGGAAUUUCAGAGGGAGUGGGUAGAGAAGAUAUCAACUGUGGUUUUGAGGGGAUUUGAUGCACGAUGCAGAGAUUAUAUGAAGAACAAAAGGCAGUGGCAGGAGAAGGAAGAAGGCGGGACCAUGUCUCAUGCUUUUGUUGAAGCUUUAGAUUAUCUGCAAGGGAAGAUUUUGAAACUUGAAGUCAGUCUAAAUGAGAUUGAUUUUGUUGGGGUUUGGAGAAGUUUGGCCAGUGGGGUGGAUCAGUUGGUUUUCAACGGCAUUGUGAUGAGUAACGUGAAGUUCUAUGACGGUGGUGUAGCAAGAUUUGGGGGUGAUUUGGAAGUUCUGUUUGGGGUAUUUAGCGCUUGGUGUCUGAGGCCCGAAGGCUUCUUUCCGAAGGUGAAUGAGGGGUUGAGGUUGUUGAAGAUGGAGAAGCAGCAGAAAGAGGCUUUGGAGAGAGGGAAGGAUAGAUGGCUGAGAGAGAAUGGGAUAAGGCAUUUGACAUUAGCAGAGGCGGAAAAGAUAGUGAAGAAUAGGGUCUUCAUGGGUUGAAAAUGGGGUCUUUUUAAACCCCAAUUCCGCCUUUCCUGAUCAUUCUUUUUGAAAGAGGGACGAAAAACAGAAAGUAGUGUAAGAUCAUUGAUUUAUAAUACCUGUGUCUGAGACUUCACCUGCCUCACCGAUUCUUUCUUCUCGGAACUGCAAUAAUCUGUGAGUCUCUCUGGAAUUAUUGAAAGCUAUUUUAAGCCAUCUCUUACUCUCUA